GCCAUGUGCGCUGAUGAUUGGCUUGACCAAGUUGUGUACGGCCACCGAUAGGAAUCGCAUCAGUCGAAGUGGUUGAGUAGCAUCCAUGCGUCGAUCAUUGUGCAGAUGUUCAUUGUGAAGUUGCACAAAUCUUGUCAAGGUCGAUGCAGUGUUGCGAGAUUCACAGAGCCAUUGUGCAUAUCAUCUCCCUUAGGGCACCCGAGCAGAGUUCAUCUCAACGUUUAUCAAAACCUCUCACCCCACCAAUCCAGAGCCGCUGAUGCACGCUGCAAUCGAUCUCAGGCCGUUCGAGCCAAGAAGCGUGAAAUAAUGUAGGGUACCUGGGCUGUGAGCAUGGACAAGCCUUCUAACCAGUACCUACUAAGAACCCACCCCGCCAAAAACGUCACCAACACCGCCCGCUUCCUUUCUUGACUUUUGCGAUUCAGUCUGCAACCACAAGACUUCUAUUUUUUCGUCGCUCCCACCUCUCAUCUUUUUUCUUUUGUCCCCGGGAUCGUCUCUUUUCUACUACUAUAUUAGCAGCAGUCUGUUGUACACCUAUCGCAUCAACUCCUGCUACGUGUCAUUACUCUUCACCAAAAGCCAUAUCGACAGCAUAGCCCACUACCAAGCAUCGUCUUCCUUCAUCAACUCCAAGCUUAUCAACGACCAUGUCGUCAUCGACACCGCCACCCACGGUCGACGCGCCUGACGAGACGCAAAGCGAUACUUCCAAGUUGCGAACAUUUCUGGGGAUUUUGAAGAAGUAAGAGACUCACAAUUACUCCGUCGGCCAAGUCAUGUCGUGAGAGCUUCCACCGCUCUGUUGGGGUUCAAGCCAGCGAAAUCGGACGACAGAUCCGCUUCACGUAGAGCGGAGUAAGCAGUGGAAGCAAACCUGGCAACGCGAAAAGACUUGCCAUUCAAGACAGCGGAUGAUGCCAUUAUUUGUUUUCAGAUGCUGACCGCUUGUCGCGACGAUAGGUUCAUCGGCGUUUCAGAUCUUGCAGCAGUUAGAUUCUCGCUGCCGUCGCAGUUGCUCGAGCCCACCCCGAACUUGGAAUACUGGACCUAUAUCGAUGCCCCCAAUGCCUUUGUUGCUAUGGGCACUUCCGAUGACCCUCUCGAUCGAAUGCUCGAGGUCGUACGCUUCUGGCUGACCAAGGAUCUGAAGUAUGCCAAAGGAAAGCCCUGCAAACCAUACAAUUCAUGUCUCGGCGAGUUCUUCAGGUGUAACUGGGAAACUGAAGAUAACGCCCCGAAAAUCGACACUUCAAGCCUCCAACAGACUAAUGGCACCUCCAAGGGUGGCCUUUCAGCACUGAAAGUGGCAGCGAAGGGGGAUAAGAACGCUUCAAACGUCUCGCUGUCUGUGCCCCAGCAUGGCGCUGCAAAGGACGACAAGCUUAUUCGCGUCUCCUAUCUUACUGAACAGACCUCACACCACCCCCCUGUGAGCGCCUUCAACGUCACCUGCCCCGAGAAGGGUAUCACAGCCCGCGGUUUUGACCAGAUCACUGCCAAGUUCACAGGCACCUCCGUCAAGGUCCUUCCUGGGGAGCACAACAUGGGCAUCUUCAUAACCCUCGAAAAGCGUGAUGGCGAGACUUACCAGCUUACCCACCCGGCGGCCCAUCUGGGCGGUCUUCUCCGCGGAGCUUUGAGUGUAUCGGUCAGCGAAUUCGCUUACAUCACAUGCCCCAAGACCAAGAUCAAGGUCAUUCUGCACUAUGUGGAGGAAGGCUGGCUGGGACGCACAACAAACAAGAUUGAUGGCGUUGUCUUCAAGUACGAUCCUGAGAACGAUGACAAAUCUCGAGUUCAAGACGUGCCCGAUGAAGAUGUCCUUGCUCGGUUGAGUGGUCCGUGGAAGGAGAAGGUCGUUUUUACUCUCGGUCCCAGACCAGUUAAAUCUGUACCUGUGGAAGAGCAGUACACCAUUAUCGAUAUUGCACCCCUCAGUGUUGCGCCCAAGAUCAUCCCUCCCAAGGAAAAGCAGCUUCCCAACGAAUCUUUAACCCUUUGGGGCGGUGUUACAGAUGCUAUCCACGCCAAACAAUAUGGCAAGGCUACCCAGGUGAAGGUCGAGCUCGAGGAGGCCCAGCGCGAGAAGGCCCGGCAACGUGAGGCCAACAAGGAAACGUGGCAGCCCGUCUUUUUCAAACAUGUCACCGGUAACGAUGGCAAGCCCGAUCUGACCGAGAAGGGCCGCGAGGUCCUUGAGCGGGCGCAAAAGGGUGACUGGUCGCUCGAAGGCAUCAUGUAGACGUUCGCCUUUGUUUCGAGGCUUCGGUUGUGUCGUGCAUUAGAUGCGGUUUUCUUCUGCAAAGACGAACAACCGAGGGAAUAUUGGGAGCUUUGUCGUUGGGAUUGCUAUACGAAGUAUUUCUUUUGGACUUUUCUGUGUCAGAAAGACACUUCUGGAAUAGAGCUUCAUUGCGCCGGAGAGUAGCACGGGGGUGAUAUAUGCAUCAGAAGUCGAUGAACCCCGAAGAUGCAUGGCGGGCUUGCGCACUCGUUACUUGGAGUUGUGGGAGUUUUUGAGGUCUAGGGUUAUUGCUGACUAGAUAGCAAGAUUCUCUUGACGAUGUAUUGCUUACUAUCGACUUCGCUCAAAAUCGUGACUGUUCAAUGCGGUCAACUAAUCGACAUUACUCAUCACAAUCUCAAAGGGAUAUAGUAAAGCUGGCAUUGUAUCGUUACACAUAUCUUAGCAUGCAUUUGAUCUCGUGGAUCUUAUCCUAUAGUACAAGAGUGGCAAUUCUUACUUUUAAUACAUCAUAUCUGAAACCGAAGACCCCUCUGCUCUUCCAU